UGUGCGCGAGGCGGCGGCGCGUGGCAGCGGCGCGGGGCGAGCGGCGGCCCCGGCCCGGCCCCGCCAUGACCGACUUCAAGCUGGGCAUCGUCCGGCUCGGCCGGGUGGCCGGCAAGACCAAGUACACGCUGAUCGACGAGCAGGACAUCCCGCUGGUGGAGAGCUACUCCUUCGAGGCUCGGAUGGAGGUGGAUGCUGAUGGAAACGGUGCUAAAAUCUUCGCUUACGCCUUCGACAAGAACCGGGGCCGGGGCUCAGGCCGCCUCCUGCACGAGCUGCUCUGGGAGAGGCACCGAGGAGGGAUUGCUCCUGGCUUUCAGGUGGUGCAUCUGAACUCGGUGACCGUGGACAACCGCCUGGACAAUCUGCGCCUCGUCCCCUGGGGCUGGAAGCCCAAGGCUGAAGACAUCUCUAGCAAACAAAGGGAACAAAGUCUGUACUGGCUGGCAAUCCAACAGCUUCCUACAGACCCCAUAGAAGAGCAGUUUCCUGUCCUGAAUGUAACCAGAUAUUACAAUGCUAAUGGGGAUGUUGUGGAGGAGGAAGAGAACUCCUGCACUUACUAUGAAUGUCACUACCCUCCCUGCACAAUGAUUGAAAAACAGUUACGUGAAUUCAACAUCUGUGGCCGCUGCCAGGUGGCGCGGUACUGCGGCUCGCAGUGCCAGCAGAAGGACUGGCCUGCCCACAAGAAACACUGUCGGGAGAAGAAAAGGACCUUCCAGCAGGAGCUCGGGCCAGAGCGGUGACCGGGUGGCAGAGGCCUCUCAGCAGCAGGAUUCCUUCCCAAAGGCAUUGGACUCUUGCUUUUGCACAGUAUGACAGACUGCUUAUCAAAGCCAGAGGCACUGAAGAAAAACCCUGUGAUGCUUGAGCAGAAUGGCUGACUGGACUAAGCCAGCUCUGACUGGUGCUGUGGAAAGGGAUCGGGUCUGCCCUUCCAGUAUUAUAUUCUCAAGCAAAAAGACUACUGUGGAGCUCCAGGCAGGAAGCUUCUCAUUAUUUAUAUGUUAAUACGUUUGUAAACUCAUGUACAGUUUUUGUUAGGAAUUCUUGAUAGCACUCAUUAACUGUAAUGUUCAGAUGAGAACAUGUUGUUGGCCUAAAAGUUUAAAAAAAAAAAAAGAAAAAAAGUCAUGUAGCAAAAGCUUUUCCUCCCAUGUGGCAGAAGUGUCUGUGGCAGUGCCAAGGCCAUGGGGCAGGCUCUGGCAUCAGCACUUCAUCUGGAGAACUCUGCAUGGAAGCUCUAUUUAAAAAAAAUGCAAACAAAAAAAGAGCAAACAAAGUAAAGGUUGGAAUGAA